GGUGUUGAUUGGCUUGCCUCGUUCACUCCCACUGGUCUUUAAAUCAUUGUCUACAUCCCCAAAGGUUCACAUAAGUCAAUGCUGUUACAGGGGAUUGCCAUUCCAAAUAAUUCAGGAGAGACUGCACAGGACUGGAUAAAUAACUAAGAACAGAGUGUUCUGAACAUCAACACAAAGUGGAAGAGCCUCAGCUGAAGGUACAGUAUAUUAUUUACACUGAAGGGGCUUGUGUGUGGACAAGAAAGCGCUGACAGCUCAAAUGGAUCCCAUGGAACUGAGAAAUGUCAACAUUGAACCAGAUGAUGAGAGCAGCAGUGGAGAAAGCGUUCCGGAUAUCUACACCGGAAUGGGAAAUUCAGAAAAGGCAGCAAUGAGCAGUCCAUUUGCCAAUGAAGAUGCUGAAAGUCAGAAAUUCCUGACAAAUGGAUUUUUUGGGGAAAAGAAACUGGCAGAUUAUGGCGAUGAACAUCACCCUGGAACCACCUCCUUUGGAAUGUCUUCAUUCAACCUGAGUAAUGCCAUCAUGGGCAGUGGAAUCUUGGGCUUGUCCUAUGCCAUGGCCAACACGGGGAUCAUACUUUUUAUAAUCAUGCUGCUUGCUGUGGCAAUAUUAUCACUCUAUUCAGUUCACCUUUUAUUGAAGACAGCCAAGGAAGGAGGGUCUUUAAUUUAUGAAAAAUUAGGGGAAAAGGCAUUUGGAUGGCCUGGAAAAAUCGCAGCUUUUAUUUCCAUUACAAUGCAGAACAUUGGAGCAAUGUCAAGCUACCUUUUUAUCAUUAAAUAUGAACUACCUGAAGUAAUCAGAGCAUUCAUGGGACUUGAAGAAAAUACUGGAGAAUGGUACCUCGAUGGCAACUACCUCGUCAUAUUUGUGUCUGUUGGAAUUAUUCUUCCACUUUCUCUUCUUAAAAAUUUAGGUUACCUUGGUUAUACCAGCGGAUUUUCUCUUACCUGCAUGGUGUUUUUUGUCAGUGUGGUGAUUUACAAGAAAUUUCAAAUACCCUGCCCUCUGCCCGUUCUGGAUCACAAUGUUGAAAAUGUGACAUUCAACAACACACUUCCAAUGCACGUGGUAAUGUUACCCAACAACUCUGAGAGUGCUGAUGUGAACUUCAUGAUGGAUUACACCCACCGCAGUCCUGCAGGGCUGGAUGAGAACCAGGCCAAGGGCUCUCUUCAUGACAGUGGAGUCAAGUAUGAAGCCCAUAGUGAUGAUAAGUGUCAACCCAAAUACUUCGUAUUCAACUCCCGGACGGCCUAUGCAAUUCCCAUCCUAGCAUUUGCUUUUGUAUGCCACCCUGAGGUCCUUCCCAUCUACAGUGAACUUAAAGAUCGGUCCCAGAAGAAAAUGCAAACAGUGUCAAAUAUUUCCAUCACAGGGAUGCUGGUCAUGUACCUGCUUGCUGCCCUCUUUGGCUACCUAACCUUCUAUGGAGAAGUUGAAGAUGAAUUACUUCAUGCUUACAGCAAAGUGUAUACCUUUGAUACCCCUCUGCUCAUGGUACGCCUGGCAGUCCUUGUGGCAGUAACACUAACUGUGCCCAUUGUCCUGUUCCCAAUUCGUACAUCAGUGACCACACUACUAUUUCCCCAAAGACCCUUCAGCUGGAUAAGACAUUUCCUGAUUGCAGCUAUACUUCUUGCAAUUAAUAAUGUUCUGGUCAUCCUUGUGCCAACUAUAAAAUACAUCUUUGGAUUCAUAGGGGCUUCAUCUGCCACCAUGCUGAUUUUUAUUCUUCCAGCAGCUUUUUAUCUUAGACUUGUCAAGAAGGAACCUCUUAGGUCACCCCAAAAGGUCGGGGCUUUAAUUUUCCUUGUGGUUGGAAUUGUCUUCAUGAUUGGAAGCAUGGCACUCAUCAUAAUUGACUGGAUUUACAAUCCUCCAAAUUCUAAGCACCACUAACCCAAGGAAAAAUACUUUCUAUUGGAAAUGGUUGCAAGUUACGUUCCAAAAGACAUUUACAUUACCUUGAUUGGAAUGUUAUUCAUAGGAAAUAACAGGAAGAUUCCAAAGACGUUUACUAAUAAUAUCACCAGACACUUGCAGAAGAGAAAAUCAUCGUUUUUGUCAAGAAUGGCUGUUUAUGUGUUUAAAAUCUGUGGUGCACAUUUCUACCCAGGUUUUACUAGAGCAAUGUGAGAUGAUCAUGCUGUAUUUUUACUGCUGUAUAAGCGGUAAUGAGAGCUGUGUGUAAUGGUUAUCAGUUAGUAUACUUUCCCCCUGCCUUCUCCUUACCCUCCAACCGCCCCCAAAAGUACCAAAUACUUGUAUUCUCAGAACAUCAAACAAAAAUGCCCUGGUGGCAAAACUGUCACCACUUAAUGCCUUCUCCUAAUCUUGCACCAAACACUCUGGGUCUGUUUACUAACAGAGGCAAAAGGCAUGGCUCAUAAAUUGUCCCCCUAAGGUAUACAAACAAUCAGACACUAGCCGAGAGCAUCUCGCUGUCAACAGCAAAAGAAUAUUUGCCCAUCUUGUUUGUGACAUUGAAUUAGUGACUUCUUUAUUCAAUGAAUUUUUCAGUAAAUGUUAAAACAUCUUGCUAAACAUAGAGAGGGGCUUUAUUCAAAUUAUAGAGCAACAACAAAAAUAAUUCUUAUAGCUAAACUGCCUGUUCUGGAAACACCUGCUUUUUAAUGUUAUUUCUAGUUCUCUUCUUAUACUUUUGUCAUUGAACAAUGCUCUCCCUCUCGUCUUCCAUUCUCAUUCAGAAUUUUUAGAAGACCACGAUUCGUGUGGAGAUACACUACCCAGUAUUCUUUGAUACAUUUUUAUGUGAUAAACAUUCAGUGCAGGAAACUGUGAUUUGCUAUAUUUUUGUGUAUAUAAUCUUAUUCUGUAGUCAUCAGAAUGUUAACAUAUGCUACAUUUGAUUUUUAUUUUUUACAUGUGUAGUUUUCUCUCUUCACAGUCAAAACAUUUAUGUUAUUGGGGGUGGGGGCAAAGACUUAAGCUGGUGGGCUCAAAAAUCCAUUUGUAUGUAUCUGUCUAUUAGGGAUAUUUUAAAUCUGAAACCUAAGUUAUAUAUAGUUCAGUAAUGCUCUUCUUCAAAGUUUCCAAUAAUAUAAUUAUCUACAAGAAAAUAAGUUCCUUAUUUGCAAAUAAUUAUCAAUACUAAGGUUGUUCUUUUAAUUUAGCAUGUCUAAAAUAGGAUUUAAUUCAUUUUAGCUUGCACAGGUGUUUGCUGACACUCAUUUGUCAUUUAAUACAAUGUUGAGUGGUUCUCCCAUAAAGAUAAAAGUGCUAACACUAUAAAGAAAUGCAAACUAUCAUUCUUGCUCUCUUCUAUAACACACUUACAUGAAAUGGAUUGAAAAAUUACUACUCAUUGCCUAGAAUUUUUGAAUUUAUUACUUUUUUUCAAAUCAUAGUGUUCACUUGUAUGUUUUAUAUAUUAGUAAAGCCAAGUAUAAAAUACAAGGAUCAUACCAGUAUGAUAAUACCAAAUCAUAUUCAAUGGUUUUUCUGAGAUGUGCCCAAGAAAAAAUAUAUUUGUUUCACAUAUUAUUUUUUAGAGGCAUAAUAUUAUAAAAUGAUGCACUUUGUUAUGGAAAUUGAGCAUUGCUGAAAAAUAUCAUAACUUUUGAGUUACCAUUAUCUGGAAAAAAAUUGCCAAAUAUUAUCUUUAAGAUAUAUUUC